CAGCUGCUGAGCUUGGUAGAUUUUCUCUGCUUUUUUUCAUCUUGUUCCCCACCAAGGCAAAAUACACCUGCAACUAAGCCUUCCCAGCUUGGAAUAACAAACACAAAAGACCCUUGGUCAGGUCACUUUUUUGUAUGUCUUUGUUCUCCUUAUCUUAUUGCCUCUUCUAAGAACAUUGAAAGAAUUCUUCUAAGUUGACUGAGUCACUGGAGCUGAAUCAUUUUCCAAAUCAGGCAGAGAAAAUCUGGGUUUCUGAUUUUCUGGAGAGACAAGGAACAGUCUUUUAAAAAUGGAGAAGAGAGAAAUGUUCCGACAGGAAUUAGUGGAUGUUCAAGGAAUCCCUCUCUUCUGGACCAUCGCAGAAGCAUGGUCCCAGGUAGAAGGAUUUGAGGCCAGACCAGACGACCUUCUCAUCUCUACCUAUCCCAAAUCUGGUACCACUUGGGUCAGUGAAAUCUUGGAUCUGAUCUAUAACAAUGGAGAUGUAGAGAAAUGCAAACGAGAUGCUAUAUUCAAUCGGGUCCCUUUCAUGGAACUGAUAAUGCCUGGAUAUGUAAAUGGUAUAAAGCAGUUAGAAGAAUUGAAGUCCCCACGCCUAGUGAAAACCCAUCUGCCAGUGGAACUCCUUCCUCCCUCUCUAUGGAAGAAUGACUGUAAGAUGAUCUAUGUAGCACGGAAUGCUAAGGAUGUCGCGGUCUCUUACUAUUAUUUUCAUAAGAUGGCAAAGAUGCACCCAGAGCCUGGUACUUGGGAGGAGUUUCUGGAGAAAUUCAUGACUGGAAAGUUGAGUUUUGGUUCCUGGUAUGACCAUGUGAAGGGCUGGUGGGAGAAGAAGAAGGACUACCGUAUCCUCUACCUCUUCUAUGAAGAUAUGAAGGAGGACCCAAAACGUGAGUUAUUGAAAAUACUGAAAUUCUUGGAAAAGGAUUUGCCAGAAGAGAUUGUGAAUAAAAUCCUCCAUCACACCUCAUUCAAGAUAAUGAAAGACAACCCAACAGCCAAUUAUACAAUGAUAACAGAAAAAGAAAUGGACCACAAAGUAUCUCCUUUUAUGAGAAAGGGGAUGGCAGGUGACUGGAAGAAUCAGUUCACUGUAGCCCAGUAUGAGAGAUUCGAAAAAGAUUAUAACCAGCAAAUGGAAGGUACUACACUGAAGUUUCGAUCUGAGAUCUAAGGACUGUCUCUCUUCCCUCCAAACUUCUGAAAUGUUUUGCAAGAAGAAAAACACCUAGCGAUAACAUGUAUAGGCUUUGAGCUUCUGUAGUUGCCUGGCUUAGCAUUUUGCAUAGAUAAUGCUAAGAAAAGUCCUAAGCCUUUACAUCGGAAAGAAUGAUUGUCCAAGAUUUCUUAAUAAACUGUCUGCUCAAA